AUGUCGCGGAUGGCCCGCUGCGCUCGGACAUCAGGGCGCAGCGGUCUCGCCGGCGCCGCGCUCGAGGGGGAUGUCACCUUCGCAGUCCAGCAGGGCGACGGUUCGUUCAUCACCACUUCCGCCGCCUUCGGCAUUGCGCGCGUCGAGGCGGGGACCCUGCGCAACUCCGGUCCCCAGGGUCUGCGUCUGGAUGCCGGCAUCAUCGACGCGUCGGUCGACGGCGGCGCCAUGCAUCUGCUGAACCUGCGGGCCGGCGUCGUCGCCAGCCUUGCGAACGGCGGGGGCGGCACGAUCGAUCUCGUAACGGCCGGCGAUCUGACCCUGGCCGGCGCGGUGACCAGCGAUGGCGGGAACGUCGUGCUGACCGCUGUCGGCAGCAUUGCCGCUUUCCCGGGGGCGACGAUUUCCGUGACGGCUGAGCGGCUGUUCCUGACCGCGCUCGAUGCCGGCAUCGGUGCCCCGGGCGCGCCGCUGCCGCUGGGAACCGCGGGAAUCGGCAGCCUGAGGGCGAUCGCGACGGGAUCCGUGAUCAUAGACAGCCCUGACGCCCGGUUCGACGCGGACGGUGUGGCUUCGGGCACCGGUCCCGUCGCCCUGCGCUCGACCGGUUCGGUGCGUGUACAGCGUCUGCUGUCCCCGGACCCGGUGCGGAUCGACGGCCCGGCGGGCGUCAUCGUGCUGGAGCAGUCGUCGAUCGGGUUCGUGCCGACGCGGCCAGCCGGUAUCGACGACCUUUUGGCGACCGCCGCCACGAUUGCGCUCACGGGCGUCUUCUUCGCGGCGUCAGGCGCAGCCAUUAUCGGCGGGUCGCGCGCCAUUGCCGACCGCGCCGAGGCCGUUGAAGUCCCUGCGCCGGCGCCGCGGAUCACGGUGCCGGUGAUGACGGUCGAGCGUCAGAACGGUUUCGAGGUCGAUCGGCGCUUUGCGGGCCAGGUCGAGGCCACCCAGGAAACGGGCAUUGCUUUCGAGACCGGCGGAACGGUCACCGAGAUCCUGGUGGAUGAGGGCGAUGUCGUUGCCGCGGGCGAAGCCCUUGCCCGACUGGAUACACGCCUGCUGAUUGCAGAGCGGAACCGGUUGCUCGCGUCCCGCCGGGCGCUCGACGCCCAGCGUGAACUGGCGCGCCUGACAGCAACGCGUUCAACGGUGUCUCAUCCGGAGCCAAUCGCAGAGCGAGACCAGGGCAGACGCGAGUGCAGGGCCAUUUUUGGGUCGAACACGCACCCGCAAUCAGAUCAAUCAAAUUUCAAUGCUGCUGGUUAUGGGAAUGGCGGAGAAUCGGGGAGAAACUUCGAAUCCGGUCUCCGCAAGUGCACGACCGUGUGCCGGCUGGUCAGGCCGCCCCCCGCGGAGCCAGCGAACCCAGUGAGCUUGGCGUGA